UAAUCAGGGCCGAGUGAAAGAAGUCACACUUUGCCCGCCCAUUAGGCUGACACAUACCGGAAGUUUCCUCAAAGGAGGGUUUCAAGAGGACUCGCUAUCAAUUCUACCCGGCGUACACCGAAUCUCAAUCGGUACGGCGGAGUCAACUGCCAAACCGACGUUCUUCUGCCUUAUUCUAGAAGCUAGCCCCGCCUACUUCUCUGACAUCUAGCUCGAGUGUCCUGGAGUGAAUAACGAGCGCUACCCUGUCAACUGAUAGCAAUAGUCGCUAUAGAGAAUAAAUAUGACACAUAGGUUGUUUCGGAACACGUAUAAGCGAAAGUAAAGGUAAUUUUAGAGAAAAUAGUAGUCAUUUGCUAAGUUUAGGCUUAUGGGAAACGCCGUAGCUGCUUUUACUAGUGUCUUUACCUUGAACGGUACUUCCGUGUUGUGUGUCAUCGGGUGUAAAUAACUGUGGCCAUGUACGUGAUAUUGUAGCUAUAUCUUUAUAUCUAUAUCUUUUAUAUCUUUAGAGGUAGUAUGGCGGCGCCAGCCUUGCGUGCUCGAGCUGCCGGCUCUGCUGGUGCUCGAAUAAAACCCGAGGUUUAUAAAACAACUGAUGGGAAAGUGAUUGUGGAGGAUGAGCUUCUACACUUCAUCUCUGUCAAGAUGAGAACAGUGCCACAUGAUGAAAUUGUUUUGUUAGCCGCAAACAAUUUCUCCUCCGAUUGGAUAGAAGAAUCCAAGCGGCUUCUGUUCGAACUGUGCCCGACAACGCAACGCUGUGUUGAGCAUAAAGGCGCACAGAAAGACGCGAACAAUAUUAAGGACUGCAUGAGACUGCUGGAUGAGCGUGGUGAGGACAUCCCUAGGUUUGUUUCUUACCACCUGGAUGAACUCCCACCUGUCGGCUUUGGCAGCAUGGACGCAUCGGCGCUACUCAGCAGGCUGGAGCGACUGAGCCAGGAAGUUUCCACUCUGAGAGAGGCGCUCGAAACUCAGGCAAGUGUGAGCAUUAACCAGGGAGCGGCUACGGCGGCCCUGGAUCGCCGGAUGACGGACUUGGAGAGGAGCCAUCGCCAUGGAUCGCCCGGUCGGGCCCGUGGGGCUGGUGUUGCUUCAUCGGGAUCGCAGGAGAGUGAAGUGUUGGGGUCGGCGGAACAUGCCCGGCGGCCAUCGGGAGUGACGGCGAGCCCCAAACUUCUCUCCCCAGCAUGGAGUACUGUUCUGAAGCAAGGGAAACGCAAGCCUCAGAAGCCCCCAAAAGUGUCUGUACAGCCAAAACCCGGAGGCACUCAGAUCCGUAAACGCGAGCAGAGGAACGUGGGUAUAAUUGGCACCGGCACAGCGAGUAACAUCCCAGUGAUCAAAACCAAGCUGCUGUUCCCUGUUAACCUGGAGGUCCUGGAGGAGAUCUUCCUGCAUCUUCCUCCCCAUCAGGUGGUUGUUGUGUGUCGGUUAGUGUGCCAUCAGUGGAAAGAAGUGGCUGACAGUGAGUCUUUGUGGAAAGAGAGAUGUCGACGAGAAGGAUAUCGCAUCCGCGAUGCUUCCAAAAUACCCAGAGACUGGAGGAUGUUUUAUUUCUUGUGCAAGAAGAGAAGAAAUCUUCUCAAGAACCCAAGAGGAGAACAUGAAAUGAAGAACUGGCAGAUACUGAAGAAUGGUGGUGAUAACUGGAAAGUAGAAGGAGUAUUGGUGGCACAUCCAAAUAAGAUAGUCAAGAAAAACUUUGUGACCUCUUACGGAAUGUGCAGGAAGGGUCAGCUGAUUGAUUUGGAGGUGGAAGGGUACAACGCAUCUUUCAUGGAUCACUUCCAGCCAGACAUCAAAAUAUCUGAUUGGUACGCACCACGGUGGGAAUGUGGCAGUGAGUAUGAGAUCUGUGUGGAGUUGCUGAAUCAAAGAAAGAAGCCUAUUCAGACGUUUUCUCCUGAGACUAUUUACUUUGAGCAGUUUGAGGAGCACCUUAAGCACGACCAGAAAUGGAAUCAGAUGACGCAUGUGUUCAAGAACUAUGGACCAGGAGUGAGAUACAUCCGUUUUGUUCACGGAGGCAAGGACACAAUAUUCUGGGCAGGAUGGUAUGGGAUUCGUGUCACCGACAGCUCCGUUGAGAUAUGUCCAGCUAUGGACACGUAGCCCUGAAGAAUUCAUCUAAUGCCUGCUUCCUGCCUUUGCCUAAAAUUGCACCUUCUUUUUUGAAAUUGUC